AAAAAAGCGAACCCACCUAAUAAAUUUUGAAGUGUGCAACCAACGCGUAUAUUGAAAUAAAACCAAAAAAACCCAAACUAUAAAUAAGCUUCCGAAAAAAGUCAAUAAUAACCAACCAUUGUCGUCUUACAAUUCCACCAUUAUCGUGGAUUCCGUCAAUAAAUAAAUAAAAUUGCCUAAUAUUAGCACACCAUUCAACAAUAUUUUUUAAAUAUCAAACCCAUUCCAAUUCUGUCACCUGCUCCAAAUCUCAAUAACGAAUCUGAGUUUCGGAGCUCUCAAAAAUUGUCUUUCAAUGGCGGUUGCGAGUGGCUUUGCGACGUCGUUUGCAGUUGCGGAGUCAGGUGGCAGUUUCAAUUGUGAUUAUUUAACUUCUACGUCUUCUUCUUCCACUUCUUCCCUGGAUUGUUUUCGCCGUCAAGUUAGAACAAUUAAGCCGUUAGUAUAUCGGAAGAGAUCGUAUUCGUUGAGCCCUAAAUGUGAAGUAUCGUCAAACGCUUUGAAAAAUGGCGAUAAGGAAACUAGAAAAUCGAGUCUUUCAGCUUUGGAGCUUCUCAAAACAUCCGCUGCUGAUCGAUAUACAAAGAAGAGUAGCAGCAUCAUGGUUAUUGGACUUAACAUUCACACAGCACCAGUUGAAGUGCGGGAGAAAGUUUCUAUCCCAGAAGCACAAUGGCCUCAAGCAAUUCGUGAAUUAUGUUCCUUGAAUCAUAUAGAAGAAGCUGCAGUAUUGAGUACUUGUAACAGAAUUGAAAUAUAUGUUCUAGCGCUUGCCCAAAAUCGUGGAAUUAAAGAAGUGACUGAAUGGAUGUCUAAGUUUAGUGGAGUUCCAGUUACAGAGCUCUGCCAACACCGGUUUUUACUAUACAAUCAAGAUGCCACACAACAUCUGUUUGAAGUAGCUGCUGGACUAGAUUCCCUAGUCCUGGGAGAAGGUCAAAUUCUUGCACAGGUCAAGCAGGUUGUUAAGAAUGGACAGGGGGUUCCUGGCUUUGGUAGGAAAAUAGGUGACCUAUUUAAGCAUGCAAUCACAGCUGGUAAGAGGGUUAGAACUGAGACCAAUAUCUCCAGCGGAACAGUAUCAGUCAGUUCAGCAGCAGUGGAGCUUGCUCUGCUGAAACUUCCAGAGUAUUCUUCUUCUACGGCCCGCAUAUUAGUUGUUGGAGCUGGCAAGAUGGGAAAACUUGUGAUCAAACAUUUGGUUGCUAAAGGGUGUAAAAAGAUGGUUGUCAUUAACAGGACAGAGGACAGAGUUGCUGCCAUCCGUGAGGAGUUGACAGAUGCUGAUAUAAUAUACAAACCUUUCUCAGAGAUGUUAGCAUGCGCUGCUCAGGCUGAUGUAAUAUUCACCUGCACUGCUUCGGAAGCUCCUUUAUUCAUAAAGGAGAGUGUUCAAGCUCUCCCUUCUGUGAACUCUGAAGAUGGGGGCCGGAGGCUAUUUAUUGAUAUUUCUGUUCCUCGGAAUGUGGAGCCUAGUGUCUCAGAACUUGAAGGUGCAUGUGUUUACAAUGUGGACGAUCUUAAAGAGGUUGUGGAAGCUAAUAAAGAGGAUCGGUUGCGGAAGAAAAUGGAAGCUGAGGCCAUCAUUGCUGAGGAAGUAAAACAAUUUGAAGCACUUAAAGACUCCCUUGAGACCGUUCCAACUAUCAAAAAGCUCAGGGCAUAUGCUGAAAGAAUUAGGGCUGCUGAGGUUGACAAGUGUUUGUCUAAGAUGGGUGAUGAUCUGCCCAAAAACAAGAAGAAGGCUAUCUAUGAUCUCAGUCUAGGGAUAGUAAACAAGCUGCUACAUGGACCAAUGCAGCAUCUGAAAUGCGAUGGAAAUGAAAACCGGACUUUGAAUGAGAUACUUGAAAACAUGCAUGCCCUUAACAGAAUAUUUGGUCUUGAUACAGAGAUAUCUGUAUUGGAAGAGAAGUUACGAGCCAAGAUAGAACAAAAUCAAAAACAAUCUUCUUAAGGUUCUUUUGUCAUUCAGAAAUUUCUAAUUAUUUCCCCCUGUGAAAGGUCAAUUACUUUCACCAGAGUUCAGUCAGAAAUGAUCAUUGUUUCAGAUCCGUGUUCUGGCAAUUUACUGGUUUUUAACUGUAUCAAAUUACUCAGGACAUGAUGAAAUUCUUUUUUAGGCCAUACGCAGCCAACAUUACACUUGGAAUUCCCUCAGAUUGCGGGAAAAUCUUUCAUAGUUGCAGUUGUAUUUGUAACAUUUAUUUGUUCCAGAAGAGUAUAUAGCCAUUUGUUCAAUCCA